UAGCAGGACAUUGUACUGUUCAUAUUUACAUCUCGAGAAGCAAAUCUGCAGCCAUGCGUCACUGUUAUAUUUCUCUUCUUGUUGGACUUCUGGUAGUCACAUGGAUCCAGUCUGGUGUAAUGGCCUCUCAUGCCAAACAACCAGUUGAAUGCUGUUUUCAGUUUUAUAAAAGUAAAAUCCCGCACCAAAAAAUCAAAUCCUACGAAAGGACAAGAAGUGAAUGUGCCUUGGCUGGAGUCAUUUUUAUGACAGUGAAGGACCUUCAAAUCUGUGUGAAGCCUUACGAUAAGUGGGUGAAGAAAGCCAUUCAACAAUUUGAUAAAAGGCAGCUGCAAGCACAGCUUGCGAAAUGAGUAGUUCAGUACUCGGUACACAUUUCUUCAAUAACAAUUUAGUCUUUCUUUCAUUGGUGUUAUGCAUUAUUUUUUAUUAUUUUAAAUAUCAAAACAAAUGCCUGCAUUAUGUCCUAUUUGAUAUGGCUUUGUUUCGCUUUAAAUGACAAAAGUAUAUUAACUGUAGUGUUGUGGCAACAGUAAUACAUGUAAGAUACAUCAAAAGGAAUAUCCUUUUCAAUAACUUUAUUUCCCAGUAUUUCCAUAUAGUAAUAUAUCCCUGUUUUUACAUGUAAGUUAGAGUACUUAAUAAAGUCUCUUUUUCUGUGGAAAACCA